AAUUGGUUCAGCUCAACCAACCCAUCUAUCUCCCUCCCUCCCUCUCUCUCCCUCUCUCUAAGUCAAGAAAGAAAGCUCUCCAUCACAAGCAAGAUUGACCCAUUUCAUAUAAAGAGGCGCCAGUAUUAAUUCCUUUAAGCCUCGUCGGUUCAGAGAGAGACUUGAGAGAUUGAAAAGAGAGCGAGAGAGUCGUCUGUUGGCGAGUGAAGCAGAUCAAGAAGCUGAGAGAAUGCCGGAGGUGGCUGUGUACACAGUGAAGGUGGAAGAAGGGCAGGAAGGCGCCGACGGACGACCGUCGGUGGGGCCUGUUUACCGAGGCAUUUACUCCCAAGAUGGCCUCGUCGAGUUGGAGCCUGGCAUGGAGUCUCCAUGGCAGUUCUUCAGUGAUACUGCUAAGAGAAACCCCGAUUGCAGAAUGCUGGGUCGUCGUCAAGUGGUAGAUUCGAAGGUUGGUCCUUAUGCAUGGCUUACGUACCGAGAGGUCUACGAUUCGGUGGUCCGCGUCGGUUCGGCGAUCAGGAGUUGCGGCAUCAAUCCUGGUGACCGUUGCGGCAUAUACGGAUCGAAUUGCCCAGAAUGGAUCAUCGCCAUGGAGGCCUGUAGUGCCCACGCAGUGACGUACGUUCCGCUUUACGACACUCUUGGUCCCAACGCGGUCGAAUUCAUCAUAAACCACGCGGAAGUCUCGAUUUCUUUCAUCCAGGAAAACAAGAUAUCGUCUAUUCUCUCGUGCCUUCCCAAAUGCCCGUGUUUAAAGACUAUUGUCAGCUUCGGAGAUGUUGCGAGUGCACAGAAGGCACAAGCCGAAGAACUAGGAGUCUCUUGCUUUUCCUGGAAGGAGUUCUUGCAGCUGGAACAUGCACACAGUGAAUUGCCUCCGAAGAAGAGGACUGAUGUCUGCACGAUAAUGUACACGAGCGGAACAACUGGAGAACCAAAAGGGGUCAUCAUCACCAAUGAAGCUCUGAUGGCAGAAGUACUGUCGAUUGACAAGCUACUUCUCCUCACAGACAGAGUGUUCUCGGAAGAGGAUACAUACUUCUCGUUCCUCCCUCUGGCUCACAUUUACGAUCUGACGAUGGAAACAUACUGCAUCUACAGAGCUUCUUGUAUAGGAUUUUGGCGUGGCGAUGUCAGAUUUUUAGUAGAGGACAUACAAGAGCUUAAGCCAACCAUCUUUUGUGGGGUUCCUAGAGUCUAUGACCGAAUUCAUACCGGCGUCCUUGCUAAAGUCUCAUCGACUGGGGUGAUACGGAAGACAUUGUUCGACAUCGCAUACAACUACAAGUUAGCGAAUCUAGAGAAGGGAUUCCCGCAGGACAAAGCUGCGCCUCUCAUGGACCGACUGGUCUUUGACAAGACAAAACUAGCAUUGGGAGGGAAAGUUCGCGUCCUUACGUCUGGCGCUGCACCAUUGUCGAAGCAUGUCGAAGAAUUUUUCCGGGUCACCAGCUGCUCCACAUUGUCGCAAGGUUACGGUCUUACGGAAAGUUGUGGCGGGUGCUUCACAGCCAUAGGCAAUGUGUUCUCGAUGAUGGGGACAGUCGGCGUCCCCAUGCCGUCGAUCGAAGCCAGGCUGGAGUCCGUGCCUGAUAUGGGGUAUGAUGCGCUUUCGAGCACACCUCGUGGAGAGAUCUGUCUGAGAGGAACGACAUUAUUCUCUGGUUACCACAAGCGCCAAGACCUCACCAACGACGUCAUUGUUGAUGGCUGGUUUCACACAGGCGACAUCGGUGAGUGGCAGCCAAAUGGGACAAUGAAGAUCAUCGAUCGGAAAAAGAACAUAUUUAAGCUUUCUCAAGGUGAAUAUGUUGCCGUAGAGAAUGUCGAGAGCGUGUAUCAGCGUUGCCCUCUUGCAACUUCGAUUUGGGUAUAUGGGAGCAGCUUCGAGUCCUUCCUUGUGGCCGUAGUGGUCCCCGAUCGGAAGGCCCUUGAGGACUGGGCGGCAAACCAUGGUGUUGCGAGGGAUUUCCAAUCGCUGUGCCAAAAUCUCAAGGCGAAGAAGUACGUGUUGGACGAGCUAAACAGCACCGGCCAUAAGCACCAACUUCGAGGUUUCGAGAAGUUGAAAGCGGUCCAUUUGGAGCCUAAUCUCUUUGACAUGGAGAGAGAUCUGAUCACUCCGACCUUCAAACUGAAGCGCCCGCAGUUGCUCAAAUACUACAAGGACUGUAUUGACCAGCUCUACUCUGAAGCAAAAGCAAAUAAAGUGUAAGGAUCGUCAUUGGAGGGCAUGGCUCCAUAAGUCCACAUCCACAGCAUUGGCCAGCUGCUUAGAACUACAUUUAGAUCGUUUCUUUCCUGAAGAAUCGAUCGAGGUCGGGAACGAAUUAUCGCAUAGGCCUGUUCAUUGAUCCCUCUUCUUCACAACUUCGUCAUACUCGACAGAUGCUUUCGAAUAAUUUGGUACUAGGAAGGAGCAAACAGGAUCUAUAUUUCAUUUGUCAAUAUCGUAAAACAUUACGUCCUCCUAGUUUUACAUACAAUUCUUGCUAUGAGUAUAGUUCAAUUCGGCUGCA